AUGGAAAAGCAACGACCUAUCUUCAUCUUUUCCCACCCUCGUACUCGAUCGAAUCUACUUGCGCAUAUCCUCGCAACCCAUCCUGAUAUCGGAGAUGUCAUCAUUUACCCAUUCAGAGCAGCAAACUCAGCCGGGCCAGAAAGACGUUUACCGAAUGGAUCGAUCUUUGCGACGAAGGAAGUAGCGGUACGGGAUACGUUUCAGAGGUGUUAUGAGGAGUUGCAAGGGAAGUUGAAGGAGACACAGGACAGGGGCUUCAUACCUUUAAUCAAGGACCAUAUUUUCAAUUCCUUGUCUACUUCCGUGAUCGACUCUCAGUUUCCUGGGUCGAUGAACGAUGUUCACCCUGUGAUUUCGGGGAACACGCCCGGAGGACCCAACCCUACUGUCCUUCCAGAUACGUUCCUAGCGAAUAUAACACCGAUAAUCGUGAUUCGUCAUCCGACGACUAUGGUUGCGUCUACUGCGAAAGUCAUGCUUCGCGAGUUUGGUGCGGAUCGGGAUGAUCCAGGUAUUUCACUAUCGUGUACGUACAAGUGGUCGAGAGUUCUGUUUGAUUUUUUUAGGGGCGCGGGGCAGGCGGUGGGUGUUGUGGAUGGAGAUGAGAUGGUGAAUGAUACUGAGGGUGUUAUGAUAAAGUUGUGUGGGUUGAUAGGUGUUGAUGGAUCGUUGAUUCAAUAUGAGUGGAAGCCGAAGGCGUUGUGUACCCCCAUGAACGAGGAGAUGAACGAACAUGUGUAUCUGAAGGCGCUGUACGAAUCGACAGGGAUUAUUAGAGAUAAGCAAAAAAUAGAACCACCUGUACUAGAGGAUGAAGUACAAAAGUGGACGGUUGAGUGGGGGGAAGAUAUGGCAGAAAGGUUGAAAGGAUUCGUAGAGGAUGCGACGGCCGAUUACGAUUAUCUGUUCCAGUUUCGCCUUCAAUGA